AUGUUCCAACCUCUCCAUCUACCCUGUUUCUUCCUUGCCUCUGCCAAAAAGAAAAAACGAACCCACCCCCUUUUUCUUCUUCUUCUCCUUCUCCUUCUUCUCCUCCUUAACUUCUUGCUAUCCCCCCUUUUUUUUUAUCGUGAUGAUGUACGAGAACCCCGUCUCUCUCUCUCUCUUAUAACUUAUCUAUCUCUCUCUGUGUGUCUCGACUUUGACAUUCUAUCUUCCAUCUGUGAUGUGCUAUUAAACUACCGCUUCUCUCUUCGCCCUGACUUCUCCCUCCAGCUCAUCUAG